AUGCCUCCGGGUCCUCGACUGCAAGCAAAUGGGCAUGAACAAGUCGAGCUCAGAGAACCUAGCAGUCCAGGACCUCUAUCGCCCGGCAAUCUGUCACCCACGCCAACUCCACGUCCAGGACUGAACGACCGUCUUUCAACAUUUGGCGCAGCGGCAGUCAACGGCAUCAGUGCCCCGAGCAGCCCACAGGCCCAUCCCUUCUACGACUAUACGGAAGACAAGACGCUCAUCCAUUCGGAGAGCAAGCGGAUAGCGUGCCAGCUUGACAGCGAUGGCAUCAUCGCGCCUCUGCCUGAUGACCUCGACACGCUCGAUGGACCUUCGCCGGCAAGCAAUACCAAAGGGCCUCUGUUCAAUCAGCAUGUCGAGCAUGAGAAUGAAAUCGACGAUGGCUUUGUCGGAGCCGAUCAUAUGACAAGCGAGCUCCAAGCGCUCUAUGCCUCCUUCCAAAAGUGUCUAGACUUGCGCGAAAAGUACAUCCGACUGUCGUGUCAAAGACUCGAAGACAAUCCUGCCAAUUACGACGGCGACUUUUGUCCCGAUCCAAACAGCACAACGACAUCGGCAGCCGUCGAUACAUCUGCCCAAGCGUGCUAUCAACCAGAGUCAUCGACUUCGAAUGCGCCGCGAAGCUCACGCUUUGAAAAGUGGAAGAUCUAUCCGCCGCCGCCACCGCCACACUGGAAGGCACGAGACCCUAGCAGACCGCAGCUCGUCGGCGAUCCGGCACCGAUCGAGCGCAAACCAUUCGAUCGUGCAGAUUGUGAGAUACCUGGCCGAGCAGCAGGAUCUCUGCAUCAUUCAUUCGCAAUGGAUGCCUCGGGAGUCUAUCAAGUCUACGCAAGCGAUCCAGCGAGCAAGCAGCCCCUGUAUACCGUGCCGACCCUGAAGCAAUAUUUUCUGGAUCUCGAAUAUAUUCUCGGCGUCAUCUCUGAUGGGCCGACAAAGUCGUUCGCUUGGCGACGGCUCAAAUACCUCGAAAGCAAAUGGAACUUGUACCUGCUUCUCAAUGAGUACCAAGAGCUUGCCGACAUGAAGCGAGUACCGCAUAGAGAUUUCUACAAUUGCCGAAAGGUCGACACUCACGUGCAUCAUUCGGCUUGCAUGAAUCAGAAGCAUCUGUUGCGCUUCAUCAAAUCAAAGAUGAAGCAUAGUCCAGACGAUGUCGUCAUCUUCCGGGACGGCAAAGAGCUCACACUAACGCAAGUCUUCCAGUCGCUCAAUUUGACAGCGUACGAUCUAUCCAUUGAUACGCUAGAUAUGCACGCGCACAAAGACUCCUUUCAUCGCUUCGACAAAUUCAAUCUGAAGUACAAUCCCAUCGGCGAAUCGCGACUCAGAGAGAUCUUUCUCAAGACCGACAAUUUCAUACAAGCAGGUCGCUAUCUUGCUGAGCUCACCAAAGAGGUGAUGGACGACUUGGGCAUAACAAAGUAUCAGAUGGCGGAGUAUCGAAUCUCUAUCUACGGCCGGAGCACAACCGAAUGGGACAAGCUGGCGAAAUGGAUCGUCAACAACGGCCUCUUCUCAGACAAUGUGCGGUGGCUCAUCCAAGUCCCGCGAUUGUACGACAUUUUUAAGGCGAGUGGGACGGUCACCAGCUUUCAGGAAGUCUUGCAAAAUGUCUUCCGGCCGCUGUUUGAAGUCACUCAGGAUCCCACGACCCACCCCGAGCUGCACAUAUUCCUACAGCGUGUCAUCGGUUUCGAUAGCGUCGACGACGAGUCAAAAGCGGAGAAGAGGAUUUAUCGCAAGUAUCCAUUUCCGGCUCAAUGGACGACAAAUCAAAAUCCGCCGUACAACUACUGGCUCUAUUAUCUCUAUUCGAACAUGACGAGCCUAAACUGCUGGCGGCAAGAGCGAGGCUUUAAUACAUUCGUGCUGCGGCCACAUGCCGGAGAGGCAGGCGACACCGACCACCUUACCUCCGCCUUUCUGACUUCUCAUUCGAUCUCUCACGGCAUUCUGCUGCGGAAGGUGCCAGCCCUACAGUAUCUCUACUACCUCAAACAGAUCGGAAUCGCCAUGUCGCCUCUGAGCAACAAUGCGCUUUUCCUCAUGUACGAACGCAAUCCCGCGCCCGCCUUUUUCCGAACCGGCCUCAAUAUCAGCCUCAGUAGUGACGAUCCGCUCAUGUUCAGUCUGACACGCGAGCCAUUGAUCGAAGAGUACAGCGUUGCCGCACAGAUCUUCAAGCUCUCCCCUGCAGACAUGUGCGAGCUUGCCCGCAAUUCUGUCCUACAGAGCGGCUUCGAAAUGCAAGUGAAGCGACACUGGAUUGGGAAAGAUUACUAUCUGCCAGGUCCGGCUGGCAAUGACAUCCGAAAGACCAACGUGCCGAACACCCGCGUCGCUUUCCGUUACAAGACCUUGAUGGAAGAAAGGGCUAUCAUCUGGAGUCACGGCGGAGCUGGUCAGUCUGGCAAGAAUCACGAUACGACCGCCGGCAUCGUGCCUCAAAAGACGGAUACUGCUCUUGCUGCUGCUGCCAUGACAGCUCAUUGA